AUGGCGCUCGAGUGCACCCUCGAGGAGCUCUUCCGCGGCCGGGUCAAAAGGGUCAAGAUCACUCGACACGUCGUCGACGCUAACGGGAUAUUCAUGCCGGAAGAAGAGACCCUGAAGAUAAAACUGAUGCCGGGGUGGAAGGCGGGGACGAAGAUCACCUUCGAAGGGAAAGGAGACGACCGGCUCGGGUUCCUCCCGCCGGACGUCGUGUUCGUGGUCAACGAGAAGCCGCACCAUCUGUUCAGCCGCGACGGCGACAACUUGAUCCACGAGAUGGAGGUGUCGCUGACGGACGCGCUCGCGGGUUGCACGCUGUCGGUGCCGUUGAUCGGCCGGGAGAACAUGUGGCUGUCGUUCGCCGGCGACGAGGUCAUAUGUCCCGGCUACGAGAAGGUGAUUCGAGGGCAGGGCAUGCCUGUUCCCGGCGAGAAAGGGAGGAAAGGGGAUUUUCUGAUUAGGUUUUCGGUCAGUUUUCCGGCGGGUUUGAGCGACGAACGGCGGUCGGAGGCUUGCCGGAUUUUGAGAGAUUGUUGCUAUAGCUAG